ACGGUUUUCCACCUUUUUGAGAAUGGUUCGCACUUUUUAGAGAACGGAUAUUUUUUAUAGUUGAAAUGAGAACGGAUGAACGAAAAGAGAAUGGUUAUAUUGUUUUGGAGAACAGUUUUGAAUUUUUCUGACGAAAUUAAAAAUAAAGCAUGUGGUAUAAACUAUGAUAACUACAGCAGAGAGGUGUUAGACCUAGACUGUACAUGAUAUGACUGUAACACGUAUUCGUGAUCAAUUGUAUCAUCUUGUAUUGGGAAUAAUGAUGCAUUUUGGAUAUUAUCAUGUUCAAAAUCCGUCAAAAUUAGAAAACUUUGGUAGAAAAGAGGUCGAUCAAAGAAGGCACGCUUGAUAUUUUUGAAAUAAAACACGUUAUUUCAUACAUGGAAGCAUGUUAUUUGGUUUUUGUUUCAAAACUGACUUGUUUUUUGACUUUUUUGAAUAACAUGUACAUUUUACUAAUUCGAUAAUUUGGAAUUCAUGAUGACUGAGGACGAACAUUGUCAAAGAUCAGGAGACUAUAUCACAUAUGAAUCAUACACGGGAAUUCAAAAACCGUUCUCCAGACAAUGUUAACCGCUCUCUUUUCGUUCAUCCGUUCUCGUUUCAGCUAUAAAAAAUGGCCGUUCUCUAAAACAUGCGAACCGUUCUCCAAAAAGUCGAAAACCGUUCUCUUUUAAAUUCUCGUCCCUUUCUUUGUAAGAGAAAAUGAGCUUGCAAAGUGUUCUUGUGAUUGUUCGGAGACGUUCAACGUCUCAAGAACACUUUGAAGAAAGUUUCUGACUCACUUUAUCUGGACCCUAACACUGACAUUUUACAAAACAGUUGGUAGUACUAACGGAAGGAAGGACGUAUCAUUUAUUUGUUUUUUUUACUUUUCAAGGAAUGGCAGUAGCACGUCGCGUACAGUCAUUUAAUAUUAAAAAGAUUCUUUAUUGUGGUAACAGAGAAAAAAAAUUUGAUAAAGAAAAACAAAUAGAUCAAGAAUUAUUUUCAUUUGUUCCGUUUGAACAAUUAAUCAAAGAAUCAGAUUUUGUUCUCAUCACAUGUUCAUUAAAUGAGAACACAAAAAAUUUAUUCAAUGAAAAUAUUUUUAAACAAAUGAAAAAUGAUUCAAUUCUAAUAAAUACAUCACGUGGUGGUAUUAUUGAUCAGCAAUCGUUAUAUAAUGCAUUAGUCAAUGGUGAAAUUCGGUCAGCAGGUCUUGAUGUGACUGUACCAGAACCAUUGCCAUUGGAUCAUCCUUUAUUAACAUUGAAAAAUUGUUUAAUAUUACCGCACAUUGGUAGUGCUGAAAUUCAGACACGAAAUGAUAUGUGUCAACUUGGUGUUCAAAAUUUAAUAAAUUUUUUUGAUCAAAAAUCAAUGGUACAUCAAAUCAAUGUGAACUGA